AGUCAGAUCUUCAGGUGCUCGUAGUUCCUGUAAUAACACUACGACGGCCCCGCAGUUCUCCUGUACCACUACCAGUUUCUGAUUACAACUUCUAUACAUUUUCCGCCAAAAUUGUUCUUACCACGAUAUCACUUCUUUCUUCUUCUUCUUCUGGGUUUAAUCCUAAGAUCUCUAAAAACAUCUUCUUAAAUGGCGAUCUUAAUCAAAGGCAUAUUCUAAAGAAUCUCUAAUUAUCUUCUUCGUCUUCUUCAAAAUGGGGAUCGUAAUAGAGAACGAAAUCUGGGAACCUAAACCCUCACUCUAUGUAUUUCUCUUUUUCUCUUCAUUCUUAUCAAUCUUCAUUCUUCCUUACUUUUCUAAUAACCCUAAUAGAUCUUCACCUUCCCCUGAUCUCCCUGGUGGUACUGUAUCUUCAUUAACCAAAUCUUCAUUUCUUCGUUUCCAAAGAAGUUUUUUGUUACUCUAUUCUUUGGCUUCAGUAAUUCAAGGUCUACAAUCAGUGUUUGUGGAGUUUGAAUAUGCUUAUUAUGGUGUUAGUAGAGAUCAAAUGGUGGUUACUCUUUGUAUUGGUUCUCUUGCUGCUAUUCUUAUUGGUACUUUCUUGGGCAUGAUUUCUGAUAUCAUAGGUCAAAAGAAAGUAUGUGUGUUAUUUGGAAUGCUUCACAUUUUUGUUGGCAUUUGGAAGAAGUUCACAAUGCACCCUAGCGCUUGGAUAGUAAGCAUAUGUACAGCUCUUGCUUCUUCUGUAUUCUCAUUCAGCUUUGAGACAUGGACUGUUACCGAACAUGAUAAGUUAGGGCAUAGGCAGGAUUUACUGAGCGAGACAUUUUGGCUGAUGACAUUCUUUGAAUCUGCAUCUCUUAUUGGAAGCCAAAUGAUUGGAAAUUUUCUUGUUGGUAUGAAUCCCAAGAAUGGAACCGGUUUCCCUUCAGCGGUGAUUGCAUUUCUUGCAUUUGUGUGCAUUAUUUAUAUCGCUAGAGAAUGGAAAGAGAGUUCACGAACAGCUGGCUAUGGGGACUACAAGGUGGCCUUCUCGGCAGUCGUUCUUGGUGAUAAAAGAAUAUGGCUAUUAUCAUGUGCGCAAGCAUGUAUUCAUUUCUCAAUCGCAGUAUUUUGGAUUCUUUGGGCACCAACAAUAGUGGCUGAUGGACGGGAGGUCAAUCUAGGACUGAUAUACCCAUGCUUGCUGGGUGCAAGAAUGCUUGGAAGCACAGCAGUUCCGUGGUUCCUUAGCGGUGGGCCAUCACCAGUUCGAACAGAGGAUUGCCUCAUUGCAGCGUUCAUUAUUGCAGGGUUGACCUUGUCUAUAGUUGCAUAUGAUUAUCAGGAAAUUGGAGUGCUAGUGACUCUAUUUUGCUUGUUCCAUUCCUGUGUGGGGCUAAUUUUGCCUUCGCUUGCAAGAUUAAGAACAACGUAUGUGCCAAAUCAGUUGCGUGGGGGAAUGAUUAGUCUGUCUCUUGCUCCAGCAAAUGCAGCAGUUCUUUUUGUUCUUAUUCAGGGAGGCUACAGUCGUAACCUUGAGAAUUCAACAAUCAUUGCUUUCGCAGCAUUAGGCCUCUUCGUAGCGGCAUUUUGCAUGCACAUGUUGAAGCGUAGUGGAAAACAACCCUACCAAAAUUGGCAUGAUUUGUAAGUUUGAAGGGGACAAGUACUUGGCCUCUUUUCCCCCGUAGUUCUUUUCUUUCGAAAGCAAACAGUCGACAUCAAUGAGGAAAACAGCAAAGGUUAGCUUAUCUUUAGAAGUAUACAGUUAGCGGAGCAGCAGCUACACAUAUGGGCCUAGAAGUACAAUCAGAUGCAGACGUAAAGACAUUUGGCUAUUAUUGGUGAAGACUGAUCUAAAUGCCAAGGUUUGGAAGAAAUUGAACAGCAACUCCUUCGACCAGGGAACUUGCGGCAAGUCUCUUAGGAAUUAGCUUCUUCAUUCCAUCAACAGGUGAACAGUUCCUCUUAAUUUUGAUUUUUGGUAAAAGACCUGCCAUAUAGAAAUGUAAAGCAAAGUGAAUGUAUAUGGAGUUUUCGUAUUUUUGUUAGCAGUGUACUCCUUGUAACUGAAUGGUGGUAGUACUGGUGUCUUUCUUAGACCAUAUUUUGAAAAAAUGUGAUUGUUGGAGCUGAAAUGACUUGUAAUAGAAAUUUUGAACUGGUCUUUAUGUUGAAAUCUGUGAAAUUUUGUUCG